AUGGGGUCGAGCCAGAAAAGAAAGAAGGAGAAGCAGAAAGACUUUCAGAAAGCGAAACUUAAGGUUGGCAAGGCAAAGCCCAAGCCGGCGAACUUUACAGAUACAAGCUUCAGAUCGAAAGCAAUCGUGUUAAACCAACAAUCACUAUCAACCACCGCACCUACAUCCUCCUCCCAAUUCUCCCAUCAUCUAUCACUACUCUCGUCUAAAUCCGACACACAGCGGAAAGAAUCGCUCGCCCAUCUCACGACCUCGGUGGCAUCUCGACCCGUAGACUCAGCCCUACCGCAGCCAGUAAGCGUGAUGCUACCCAAACUAGUGCCUCUCCUCCUGGACGCGAGUAACAGCGUGCGCGCACAACUACUCAAAUUUCUCAAGACUCUUCCCGCGGCCGAUAUAGAGACGCACGCCGCUCAAUUGCUACCCUAUAUACGCGCGGGAAUGACACAUUUAGCAGCGGAUAUUCGUUCCUCAGCAGUUGAGGUUCUGGGUUGGCUUGUUCAGGCGGCAGGAAGCGAGGUGGUUUCGUGUCCCGGCGGCUGGAUCAAGACGUUAAAUUGUUUCUUGUCGCUUCUCGGAUGGCAUACGGAGGAGUCGGCCAAGUGGUCUUCGAAUCGGAGCUCGUUUGGCAAGGCCGGAAGUGAAGGUCGGCCCAUGGUGAAAGCGCUUCAGGCUCUGGCUGAGUUUCUGCGAGCUGGUAUUGGCAGUGACCAGGAUGAGGACGAGGAUCUCGUAAUGCGUGACGAGCGUGCAGCCGACUACGAGGUUGGCGUAGAGUUCUUCCCUAUUGAUCUCUCGGUGCGGCAGAAUAUGAUCCCGGACAGGUCUGCGCCCUACGCUUACCUCAAUUUAUUCGGGCAGCCGCGGGAUGCAGAGGGCGAGAUGUACGAGAGUCGAGAAGAUCGCUUGCGCGUGUUUGCUGAUAUGUUUCGGAAAGCUAUUGAACGCGGGGUGGAAAAUGCGCGCAAGGAAGGGGGUGAGGUUGGACGGGCUUCAGCAGCAGUCUUCAAGGUGCUUCGGGAGAGUGUCUGA